AUGGUCCUCUGUUACCUUCGCCAGCGUGAGAUAAUAAGUAUUCACGUCGGACAAGGUGGGGUGCAGAUGGGAAAUGCGUGUUGGGAACUCUACUGUCUUGAGCACGGCAUUCGACCAGAUGGGCAAGUACCCGAUGCUGGUGUCAUUGGCUCAUUCGAAGAUUCCUUCAGCACUUUCUUUAGCGAAACAGGUAAAGGAAGAUAUGUUCCAAGAGCUCUUAUGAUCGAUUUGGAACCCACUGUUGUUGAUGAAAUUCGAACAGGGGCUUAUCGUCAGUUAUUUCAUCCCAGUCAGUUGAUUACUGGUAAAGAAGAUGCCGCUAAUAACUAUGCUCGAGGAUAUUACACAAUUGGCAAGGGUAUAAUUGACUUAAUUCUGGAUCAAAUAAGGAAAUUAACUGAUACCUGUGAUGGACUUCAAGGAUUUCUGGUCUUCCAUUCUUUUGGUGGUGGUACCGGAUCAGGAUUAACAUCCCUGUUGAUGGAAAAGCUCAGCUUAUGUUAUGGAAAUAAAGCAAAGCUGGAAUUUGCAAUUUACCCAGCUCCUCAAAUUUCAACCGCUGUUGUUGAACCCUACAACUCUAUCCUCUGUACGCACACGACUCUAGAACAUUCUGAUUGUUCGUUUAUGGUUGAUAAUGAGGCUAUUUAUGAUAUCUGCAGAAGGAAUUUAGAUAUUGAUCGUCCAACUUACACUAACCUUAAUAGACUUGUGGCUCAGGUGGUCAGCUCCAUAACCGCUUCUCUGCGAUUCGAUGGAGCUUUGAAUGUUGACCUCAAUGAAUUUCAAACAAAUUUGGUCCCCUAUCCGAGGAUUCACUUUCCACUGGUCUCCUAUGCUCCCAUAAUAUCGCCGGACAAGGCCUAUCAUGAACAAUUAACAGCAACUGAGAUUACAAACGCCUGCUUUGAACCGGCUAACCAGAUGGUGAAAUGCGAUCCACGAUAUGGGAAAUAUAUGGCCUGUUGCCUACUCUACCGUGGUGAUGUUAUUCCCAAGGAUGCAAACGCUGCAAUUGCAUUUAUCAAGGCGCAAAGGACAGUUCAGUUUGUUGACUGGUGUCCGACGGGAUUUAAGAUUGGAAUCAACUUCCAACCGCCGACUUCAGUUCCAGGUGGCGAUCUUGCCAAAUUUCAAAGGGCAGUAUGCAUGCUGAGCAACACGACAGCUAUUGCUAAACCUUUGACUCGGUUGGAUCACAAAUUUCUUCUGAUGUAUGCCAAGAGAGCGUUCGUGCAUUGGUUCGUUGGAGAAGGUAUGGAAGAGGGCGAAUUUGCCGAGGCAAAAGAGAACGUAUCAGCCUUGCUAAGGGAUUAUGAGGAAGUUGGCAUGAAUAGUAUUGUAGAGGAAUGCGAUGAGUCGGAAUUUUAG